UGCUUGUAUAUAUGGGCGCAAGUGGAAGUGGAUGCACCGGAAUGGCAAGAGCAUCAACAUCUAAGGGAAAAGGUGAAGAACAUGAUUAUGGAAGCCCAACACACUACAUUGCAAAAGCUGGACUUGAUUAACAAGAUUCAACGUUUAGGAGUGUGUUAUCAAUUUCAAAAGGAGAUUGAAGCUACAUUGCAGCACAUAUUUGAGGCCUACGACGAAUUCAAUGUGGAGGAAGAUAAGAAUGAUCUUUACCUUGUCUCACUGAGAUUUCGAUUGCUUAGACAAGGAGGAUAUCCAAUAUCAAGUAAGGUGUUUGAAAAAUUCACGAACAGUGAAGGCAAGUUCAAGGAGUCAUUGAUCAACAAUGUGCAUGCAAUGUUGAGCUUGUACGAGGCGUCACAUCUCAGAGUGCAUGGCGAGAAGAUUUUGGAAGAAGCACUGACAUUUACCACUUCUCAUCUACAAUCCAUGCUGCCAAACUUGAGUAGUCUUCUUAGAACAGAAGUCAGUGAAGCACUAAGGCAGCCAUUUCACAAAAGAAUAAGGAGAUUAGAAGCAAAAAGAUACAUAUCAAUUUAUGAAGUUGAUGAAACACAUGAUCCUAUGUUGUUGAAGUUAGCCAAACUGGACUUCAACAUGUUGCAGAAGGAACACAAAAGGGAGCUAGGCAUUUUCACAAGGUGGUGGAAAGACUUAGACGUUACAAAUAAUUUUCCGUUUGCAAGAGAUAGAUUGGUGGAAGGAUACUUUUGGACGGUAGGAAUAUACUUUGAACCACAAUAUUCUCUAGCAAGGAAAUUUUUCCUUAAAGUCAUUGCUAUGUCUUCAAUUAUUGAUGAUAUAUAUGAUGUUUAUGGGACCCCUAAUGAGCUCCAACUCUUCUCAGAUGCAAUUGAAAGAUGGGAUGCAACUGCGGUAAAUAGAUUACCAGAAUAUAUGAAAAUUUGUUACAUGGCUCUUCUUGAUGUGUAUGCUGAAAUGGAGAAAGAGUUAGCAGAGACAGGUGAAUUGUAUCGUAUCGACUAUGCCAAAACAGAGAUGAAAAUUUUGGUGAGAACAUAUCUGAAAGAAGACAAAUGGUUUCGUGAUCGAUAUGCUCCAAAGUUUGAGGAGUAUAUGAAGCUUGCAACUGAAACUUGCGGUGUAAGGUUGCUAGUAGCAACUUCUCUAGUGGGCAUGCAAGAAGAUUUUGUAACAAAAGAGGCUUUUGAUUGGGUGAGUAAGGAGGCAUUAAUAGUUCAAGCUGGGUCAGUUAUUUGCAGAUUAAUGGAUGAUAUGGCUGGACAUGAGUUUGAGCAACAAAGAGGCCACAUAGCAUCAUCUGUGGAAUGCUACAUGAAACAAUAUAAGAAAUCAAAAGAAGAUACCUAUAAGGAGUUGCAAGAACGAAUCAUCAAUGCAUGGAAAGACAUUAAUCAAGAAUAUUUUAAACCUCUUUUUCCCAUGCCUAUACUCGCUAGAGCCCUCAACUUCUCUAGAAUAAUGGAUACGCUAUAUAUUGAUGGAGAUUCAUACACACAUUCCAAAACCAAGAUGAAAGACUACAUUACCUCCAUGUUUGUUGAUCCACGUGGUCUUGAUUUAUUAUUAUUUUUCAUUUCCCAUCUCCCUUUUAUACCCACAAAAGGAAUGGCUGGAAAUAGUAAUUUACCAUUAUCAAUUCUUACAUCGGACCAAACACAGUUGCAUGAUGUAAAUCGUCGUUGUGCCGGUUUUCAUCCAAGUAUUUGGGGUGACUAUUUCCUUUCUUAUUCUUCUCAACCCGAGGUGGAUGUGGAUGCACCGGAAUGGCAAGAACAUCAACAUCUAAGGGAAAAGUUGAAGAACAUGAUUAUGGAAGCCAAACACUCUACAUCCCAAAAAUUGGACUUGAUUAACAAGAUUCAACGCUUAGGAGUGUGUUAUCAAUUUCAAAAGGAGAUUGAAGUUACCUUGCAACACAUAUUUGAGGCCUUCGACAAAUUCAAUGUGGAGGAAAAUGAUAACAACCUUUACACGGUCUCUUUGGGCUUCCAAUUACUUAGACAAGAAGGAUAUCCAAUAUCAAGUAAUGUGUUUGAAAAGUUCACGAACAGUGAAGGCAAGUUUAAGGAGUCAUUGAUCAACAAUGUGCAGGCAAUAUUGAGUUUGUACGAGGCGUCACAUCUUAGAGUGCAUGGUGAGAAGAUUUUGGAAGAAGCACUGACUUUUACUACUUCUCAUCUACAAUCCAUGCUGCCAAACUUGAGUAGUCUUCUUAGAACAGAAGUCAGUGAAGCACUAAAGCAGCCAUUUUACAAAAGAAUAAGGAGAUUAGAAGCAAAAAGAUACAUAUCAAUUUAUGAACUUGAUGAAACACAUGAUCCUAUGUUGUUGAAGUUAGCCAAACUGGACUUCAACAUGUUGCAGAAGGAACAACAAAGGGAGCUAGGUAUUUUCACAAGAUGGUGGAAAGACUUAGACGUUAAAAAUAAUUUUCCGUUUGCAAGAGAUAGAUUUGUGGAAGGAUACUUUUGGACGGUAGGAAUAUACUUUGAACCACAAUAUUCUCUAGCAAGGAAAUAUUUCCUUAAAGUCAUCCUUAUGUCUUCAAUUAUUGAUGACAUAUGUGAUGCCUAUGGAACCCCUAACGAGCUCCAACUCUUCUCAGAUGCAAUUGAAAGAUGGGAUGCUACUGCUGUAAAUAAAUUACCAGAAUAUAUGAAAAUUUUCUACAUGGCUCUUCUUGAUGUGUAUGUUGAAAUGGAGAAAGAUUUAGCAGAGACAGGUGAAUUGUACCGUGUCGACUAUGCCAAAACAGAGGUGAAAAAUUUAGUGAGAGCAUAUCUAAAAGAAGACAAAUGGUUUCGUGAUCAAUAUGUUCCAAAGUUUGAGGAGUAUAUGAAGCUUGCAAAUGAAACGUGCGGUGUAAGGUUGCUUGUAACAACUUCUCUAGUGGGCAUGGAAGAAGAUUUUGUAACAAAAGAGGCUUUUGAUUGGAUAAGUAAGGACACAUUAAUAAUUCAAGCUGCAUCGGUUAUUUGCAGAUUAAUGGAUGACAUGGCUGGACAUGAGUUUGAGCAACAAAGAGGCCAAAUAGCUUCAUCUGUGGAAUGGUACAUGAAUCAAUAUAAGAAAUCGAAAGAAGAUACCUAUAAGGAGUUGCAAGAACUUGUCAUCAAUGCAUGGAAAGACCUUAAUCAAGAAUGUUUUAAACCUCUUUUUCCCAUGCCUAUACUCACUAGAGCCCUCAACUUCUCUAGAAUGAUGGAUUCACUAUAUGUUGGUGGAGAUUCAUACACACAUUCCAAAACCAAGAUGAAAGAGUACAUUACCUCCUUGUUUGUUGAUCCAGUCCCAUAAAUUCAAAAAAGAAAGAAUAAUGUAUAAUCUUGAAUAUAUGAUGACGUUGUUGGUUGAUGUAGUCCCAUAAAUUCAAAAAAGAUCGAAAAGAAUAUAAUGUAUGAUCUUGAAUAUGAUGGUGUUAUGUUGUUGCUUGUAAUAUAAUGUUAUUGUUUCAUGUACAAUUAUGGUUUGAAAUAAAUUAAAGUGGGACCUGUAUUAUUGUCUUA